CCUCCGUGAUUACUUUUGAAAAUAGUGAAUGACGUCCUUCUCCCAUGCUGGAUAAAGUAGAAUCAAUGAAACGUCUCCCCGUUCGAGCUUACAAGGGGGAACAGCCAUGCCAUUGAAGAUUUCUUGGCCUUAAUUCAUUCAGAGGGCAAAGGAAGGAAGAAACAUAAUGGGAGAGAAUCAUGCUAAGAGGUCAAAGAAGAUGGACCAGGAGGCUUUCCACUGACUCUGUGAUACAGGAUUCACUAGUGUGAGCUUGGAGAUCCUGCUCUGGGGUAUGCUGAAGCAGGGGCCAGUGCAUAGUUUCUAAGUUGUGACUGGGAAGGUAAAGGAGACGGAAGACCUUUGCAAAGAAUUGUACCUGUGCAGAUUCAGUUAUGAACACUGACUGCUCUUCUAGAGGACCUAGGCUCAUGGCUGGUACUCAACAGACCAGUUCACAACUAUCUGUAACUCUCGUCUCGGGGGAUCCAAAUGCCCUCUCAGUCUCUGCUGGCAACAGGCAUACACACGGUGCACAGAGAUGCUGGGGCAAAACGCUCACAUGCAUAUAAACAAACAAACAAAUAAAUAAAGUACUCUUAAAGGAUUGUACCUGUGAAGAGAGGGAAAGGCACACAGCCCACUGGCCAUGGGCAGGAGCGAAAGUGGAGAGCUCCAGGGGGAAGGGCAGAAAGCUGGGAGGAGUGCUGUGGGCAUGGGUGGUGUAGGCUCCCAAGACAGUUCCCUGCUCUACUUUUAGGUUCUCUCUGCAGUGAGGCUAGGAGAAUCCUGAAGCUGGUAGAGUGGAUUUAAGGGCAGGGAAGUUCGAAACAGGUUUUGUGGUCAUUGGGAAGCUGUAAUGGACCACGGCACCACUGUUGAGAGGUUGACUACGCUCCUUGGCAGGAGGAGGAACAGUACCCGUCUGAGGAGGCCUUCAUGUCAGUCAGCACAGUAGCAAAAGUGGCCAGCCUGUCAGGAGAGAACCCUGUUCUCCAGCUUGGGUAUGAAGAGACAGGGAAGCAGGUGGUGGGGGUGUUGCUAUAAUGAACACCUCAGCUAAUUAAAUCUGUAAAGAGGUGGAAGUUUGCCCUCAUGGUUCUAGAAAGUUUGUUUCCAGGUUAGGCAUUUCCAUCACUCUGGGCAUCUGGGGAGAGCAGCCGAUCGAUGGUGGAGGCACAUGUUAGAGCGAGGAAAACCGAGAGGGCAGGUGGGCGCCUGCUUUUGAGGGUAUGCCCCACUGACCUUCACCUCCUGUCAGCAUUACACUGGAGACAUGGAUCGCUUAGGAGACACCACACACAUUAAAAACAGCAAGCUGGGGCAGGGAGGGGGAGGUAAGGAGUUACAGAAUCUGUAACUAGAAAAGAAAUCAGUAACUAGACAAGCUGCAAGAACAGCUCUCUCGUGUAUUCUUGUUGUGUUCUUGUCGCAGAGGUCAUUUGCCAUGGCUUUGCCUUGGUUACUUUGGUGGUACUCUUGGCUACUCAUACUAGGUUUAGAAUGACACUGCUCUCCCGUGUUUGCUGAGGUAGGAUAAGUACAUGGAGGGAAGCUCCUCUUUUGGGGAUAUGUGUGUUGGUUUAAAUAACAUUACUGAGAGUGGGGUGUCCUGCUGGCACCGUAGUGGACCCAAACAAGCAGAGCACUUUCAGUAGGAAGUUAGAUUCUGCCAAUGGCUGCCUGGAGGGCUACAGGAGUGUUUGAGCGAGAAUGAAGAUGUGCCUCAGACAGUGAAUUAGGCCGAGGCCACAGCAAGGCACACCAUAAGGGUAGGUGUUAGGCAUAUAGGGAGCAAGCCUUCUGGGGGUGAAGAAAAGAGGGAGAGAAUCUGUGAUCUUGACCCAGGGCUGGGCAUUCAGUCCAUUUGGUUACAGCUAAGAUUGAGGCGGUGGGCAGGCCACUAAGGAUGGGGCAGGAGCAGGGGUGUGCAAUCACAUGCGGAGAGCACUGGAGGAGCAGAGCUCUUGUUGCUUGGUUUUUGGGGGAUGGGAGUGCAAGGAACUGAUAGUCUUGCAGUUGGUCCAAACAGCUGCUUUUUCCUUGAGACUGAGACUCCCAGGGCUUAUGUAGCACUGCUCACUUAUUCGUUUGCAUACAUUAUCGUGCCAUCAUACACAGUCAUGGCAUCUCUGUGACGUUCUAGGACUUGGGUACAGUGUGUGCUCACCAAACCCAGCCUUCAAAUCCCUGCUUCCCAGUGGCUGCUGUUCAGUUUCUCUUCCAUGUGGAGGAUCUCAGCAGCUCGUGUGUUCCCCCUGACCAACAUCCAACCCCUGGGAUCUUACGUGUGCUCCGGGGAAACCUCUACAGACCUUCAGGAAGGCCAGCUUGGGAGGAAGAGAUUAAGAAGCCCCAGGCUAUCCUUCCGUGUAUCGCUGCUGCAGAUACUGAGUGGCUGGGGACCAAGGCCAGCACUGGCUGGAGAGGGCUCUAGAUUUUCACGGGGCAGGUGUUCGGAGACAGUGCAGCUGGUGGCUCAGGUGAUGUAGGUCUUGGCUCUUGUGGUCUCAGGUCAUAGCAGGUUGAUAUUAAUAGGCUGUGAGUUCACAUUACAGGUCUGUUCCCUGCCUGUACCCAGGGCUGGUUCUUAGUCCCAGCAGCUGCUACUUUGAUAGUGACUGUCGUCUGCUGCGGUGUUGAUUUGCCACAUACAAAUCCCGUUUAUUAUUUUUUUAAAAGAACUUUUAGAUGAAUUCUUUCUAUCAAAAAAGUUUACAGGCAAUUUCUUGGAAUUCAGAAUUUACUUUCCCUACAAUGAGCAUGGGAAUGAUUUAAAUCGGUGUCUCAGAGCCAUUUUCUCCGUUUAUCCCACUGCACAGGUGGUCUGUCACCUUUGUGAAAUUAGGCAAGAAAGACAUCUUAUAACAAUGCUUAUUUAACUAUUGCAUAUAGAAGAACGAACGGGUUAACUCUUAGUUAUGUUUUCCUUUUGAUGCAUCAAAACACCACAACUCACCAAAAAGGCUUAUUUGGCUUACACUUCCGGAUCAUAAGGCAUCACUGGAGGAAGUCAUGAAGGGCAGGAACUCACUUAUGGAGGGCAGGAAGUCACUGACCGCAGGGGCCUGAAGGCAGGAGCUCACACAGAGACCAUGGAGGGGUGCUGCUUACUGGCUUGCCCAUUGUGGCUUGCUCAACCUGCUUUCUUAUAGAACCCAGGAUCAUCAGCCUAGGAGUGACUCCGCCCACAAUGGGCUGGGUCCUCCUCCAUCAAUCACUAAUUAAAAGAAUGCCCUACAGGCUUGCCUACAGAUUGAUUUUAUGGAGGCAUUCUCUCAGUUGAAGCUCCCUCCUCUCGGAUGACUUUAGCUUGUAUGACAUUGAUGUAAAACUCUGCAGCACGUUAACAAUAGUGUAUAUAUGGUGGCGGUUAAGAUUAGUACCCCAGGGAGUAACCAGCUCUGUACUGAAGAAGCCCAAGGCUUACAUUAACCCUAAUUUAAUGGCCAUGAUUCUUUAAUGAAUCGGCUACUGUCUUGUAACUUUUAACAAGGUUUGCCCGACACAGGCUGGCCAAGAGCUAAGGAGCAUGUCGGCACUUGUGUUGGGGAUACCUGGGCUUAUUAAGAACUGAGAGCACGCAAGCAGAUUUUUUUUGUAAGGUUCUGAUUGAGUCUGGAAAACGUGGGGUGUGGAUGGUUUCAGCAAGAACUUGAACGCCUGGUGUGUGUCAAUAUAUCUCGUAAGCAGAAAACCGAUCUCCUGACAUGUGCUGACUCCCUGGGAGGAUGGAGAAGCUGAUAAGCCCUAUCCCCCUUUCAGAUUCAUACCAGGCCACCGAAGUGUGGCCACUCUGUGAGUCAGCUCUGGUCCUGUGGUCCCACAACAUGGCCCUUACACCCUCAGACAAAGCUUCCAGAACAUUCACUUAUAAUAUAUUACAAUAGUAUAAAACGUCGUAUAAUGAUUGCAUAAUCAUAUCAUAUUAUAUUCGCAAUAUUAGUUACCUGAAAGUCAUCUUUAACUCCAGCUUUGAAAAACAAGACACGAGUUGUUUUUUCAGUUGUCUCUGAUACAUUCUUCGCCCUGUCUCAUAUCUGGACUAUCAGAUUUUAAGUUACUGACUUCUCUUCAGAAUGUUUAAAUGUUUUGUUUGCUUAUGAAUACAUAAGAAAUAUAAAGACGGAGAGGCAGCUUUGAAAAGUUGCUGCUUGCUCUAGAUUCCCCUUGCUCUAAAUUAAUUUCACGUAUUAAUUAGAGCUUGAACGAAGUCUAUGAACUGCUAAUCUUAGAAUAGUGAAAAAAUGGUAUUAAAAUUGGGCCAGUUUCAUUUCCCAGAAGGGAACCCUUAGAUGUGGGAUUGUAUAAUCUCUGUCCAGGACCCGUUUUGAGGAACUUUUCCUUUCUUCUUAACCUUCCAGUCAUCCCCCCUCCUCUUUCUUUCCUUCAGUGGCCCCCAGGCCUCUCCUGUCUUCUGAUGAAAUGUUUUCCUGCCCUGUCUUUAAUUUUGCUGUUGGAAGGACUGCUCCUGAGGUGAUAAUGCUGUGUAUCAGGAUUCCAGAGAAUUCAUUAGCUUCUUCUCAUUUAUCACUUGUCUUCCUUUUAGCAAACUGGAUAACUAGUGUUGCAGUCUCUUGAUUAAAAUUCUGAAGGGUCAAAUCAUGCUGGCUCUGGGCUUGGGGCCACAUGUGGGCUCCUUUAAUUACAGAGGAUUUGGUGUUGACGCUGAGGCCCUCGAAGCCUGUUCGGAAGAAACUCAAACUGGUGGGACAAUUUGUUUCCUUGUGCACCCUGUCCGGCUGCUUCAUCGUUCAGAUGCUGGAGUUAGAAGAGGUAGGGACCAACCAAGCAGGGCAUCUAUCCCGAGUGGGAAGGGCCACAGGAUCCUCAGGAGUGCACUCAGCCUGAGCGAUUUAGCAGCAUGUGGCCAUGGGGAAGUGGUCUCUAAAAAUAGCUGGUGAGCUGGAGUCAGGUCCAGUUUAGCACUGGAUCCCUUGUCCUGGCAAUACUGGUAGCCACGGUUCUUACAGGGAAGAACGGCUUGCUGGGUGCCCCGGGGCACCUUAGUUUUUCCCCUUCUGUGUAUUUUGUUCAUGGAUUGAAGAAAUCAAAAUGGCUGAAGAUAAAGAGGCAAAGCACGGAGGACACAAGAAUGGGCGGAGAGGAGGAAUUUCCGGAGGGUCCUUUUUCACGUGGUUCAUGGUCAUUGCGUUGCUGGGCGUCUGGACAUCGGUGGCCGUCGUGUGGUUUGACCUCGUUGAUUAUGAGGAAGUUCUAGCCAAAGCGAAGGACUUCCGUUAUAACUUAUCAGAGGUACUGCAAGGAAAGCUAGGAGUCUAUGACGCAGAUGGUGAUGGGGACUUCGAUGUGGAUGAUGCCAAGGUUUUAUUAGGCCUUAAAGAAAGAUCUACUUCCGAGAGGACAUUUCCACCGGAGGAGGCAGAGACACAGGCCGAGCUGGAGGAGCAGGCCCCUGAGGGGGCAGAAGCCCAGAAUGUUGAAGAUGAAGUAAAAGAACAAAUUCAGUCCCUUCUCCAGGAAUCAGUACACACAGACCACGACCUCGAAGCAGAUGGACCAGCAGGAGAGCCACAGUCAGAGGUUGAGGACUUCCUCACGGCCACUGACAGCGAUGACAGAUUUGAGGCCCUGGAACCUGGGACAGUUCAUGAAGACACCGAGGAUAGUUAUCAUGUGGAAGAGACAGCAUCGCAGAACCAUCCCAACGAUGCGGAAGAGGUGAUGAGUGAACAGGAAAGCUCAGAUCACGGUGAAGCAGUGACAGACGAUGGGUUGCAGCAGCACGCAGAGGAAGUAAGACAUGAAGACUAUGAUGAACCAGUAUAUGAACCUUCAGAAAAUGAAAGAAUAGAAAUUUCAGAUAAUGCCAUUGAUGAUUCCAACAUCAUUUCAGAAGAAAUAAAUGUCGCCUCCGUGGAAGAACAGCAAGACACACCACCAGUUAAGAAGAAGAAGCCCAAACUUCUAAAUAAAUUUGAUAAAACAAUUAAAGCCGAGCUGGACGCUGCAGAAAAGCUCCGGAAAAGGGGUAAAAUCGAAGAAGCAGUGAGUGCAUUUGAAGAAUUGGUUCGAAGGUACCCUCAGAGCCCUCGUGCAAGAUACGGCAAAGCACAGUGUGAAGAUGACUUGGCAGAGAAGCAGAGAAGCAAUGAGGUUCUGCGCAGGGCCAUUGAGACCUACCAGGAAGCGGCUAGCCUGCCUGAUGCCCCGACAGACCUGGUGAAGCUGAGCUUGAAGCGACGGUCAGAAAGACAGCAGUUUCUAGGUCACAUGAGGGGUUCUCUACUUACCCUCCAGAGACUAGUUCAGCUGUUCCCUAGUGAUACGACCUUAAAAAACGACCUUGGCGUAGGAUACCUUUUGAUGGGAGACAACGACAGUGCCAAGAAGGUUUACGAAGAGGUGCUGAACGUGACACCGAAUGAUGGCUUCGCGAAAGUGCAUUACGGCUUCAUCCUGAAGGCGCAGAACAGGAUAGCCGAGAGUAUUCCCUACUUAAAGGAAGGAAUCGAAUCCGGGGACCCUGGCACGGAUGAUGGCCGGUUUUAUUUCCACUUGGGGGACGCCAUGCAGAGAGUCGGGAACAAAGAGGCAUAUAAGUGGUAUGAACUUGGGCACAAGAGAGGACAUUUUGCCUCUGUCUGGCAGCGUUCUCUUUACAAUGUGAAUGGUCUGAAGGCUCAGCCGUGGUGGACACCCAGGGAGACUGGCUACACAGAGCUAGUGAAGUCUUUAGAGAGAAACUGGAAGUUAAUCCGAGACGAAGGCCUCAUGGUGAUGGAUAAAGCCAAGGGUCUCUUCCUGCCUGAGGAUGAAAACCUCCGGGAGAAGGGCGACUGGAGCCAGUUCACACUAUGGCAGCAAGGAAGGAAAAAUGAGAAUGCCUGUAAAGGAGCUCCUAAGACCUGUACUUUACUAGAAAAGUUUUCCGAGACAACAGGAUGCAGAAGAGGACAGAUCAAAUAUUCCAUCAUGCACCCUGGAACUCAUGUGUGGCCACACACAGGACCCACAAACUGCAGGCUCCGAAUGCAUCUAGGGUUGGUGAUUCCCAAGGAAGGCUGCAAGAUCAGGUGUGCCAAUGAGACCAGGUCAUGGGAAGAAGGCAAGGUGCUCAUCUUUGAUGACUCUUUUGAGCAUGAGGUUUGGCAGGAUGCCUCGUCUUUCCGGCUGAUAUUUAUUGUGGAUGUGUGGCACCCCGAGCUGACCCCUCAGCAGAGGCGUAGCCUUCCUGCAAUUUGAAAGGCAUCAACACAGACUCGGUUGCUCUCCAGGGAGGCCGCCUUUCCAGUUCCUUUUGGGUGUGCAGAUAGAAGCUCAAGUGCCAUGACUCUUCACCCCCUUGCCUUGCAGCUGAAGAGCUCUAAGGUUCCUUCUGGAUUAGAACUCACUGGAGGGAGUAUUUGCCUUCCUGCAAUUCAUUUAGGAGCCCCCUUGCUUCAUGGCACCCAGAACUGGUGCCUGGAUUGAAGGGGAAUACUUGGUUGUGUUGUCUACAUAGCUGGCCAAAGAUAUUUUUCUACAUAGACUAGUGUCUACAUCAAUGUACAUGGAGGAUAUACUAUAUAUAGAAACUGUGAAUGAGUCACUCUAGUUUGUAAUUUUUCUAUGCAGUUAUAUUUUUCUAAGUAGCUAAACUAUUCUGUCACCACAUACCCCCACGUUUUCAUUGACUUUAAUGACAAGAAGUAUAAAUUCUUUACUUCUAACUGUUAAGUGGUAAUUUUCCUGGUAAAUUCAGACAUCUCCCUUUUGGAAAAAGAAAGCCAUGUAUGAAGAAAAGGACUUUGUUUUCCUAACAUAAAUGGGAAGUUAUACCGGGAUGCGUGAACUGUGCCAACACUUGCCCUUGAGUCUACCUGUGUAUCUUCAUUUAUGCUGAGUGUCUUCCUUUUUCUCUGUGCUAAUAAUAGGAAGCUCUUGUUGAUAAAAUACCACAGAUAUUGGAGCUUGGAGAGAAAAAUAUUACAUGGGAGUGAAACCUCCUGCUCAAGAUCAUGGGCCCAGACAGCCUGGUCCCUUAGCCUUCUGUAUACAAGGCCUGGACUCUCCAGUGUCUGCGUACUGUAGAUCCACUAGAGUGUCAAGAAGACGGCCUCUUGGACUCUGAGAGUCUCUUCACUAUUUUAUCCAUGUAGGAAUUGUAGCAUAGGAGGUGCUCAGCAAACCUAGCAUCCUAGGUGGUCGAGCAUGCUUGAUUAUGAAUUUGCAGUGCUUUUCCGUCUUCCUCCCUCAAAAUCAUGUCAGCCAUCUCACUAUAUUUUGAAACAGCGUUUUAUGGGCGUGUUUGAUUUGAGCGCUACCCAUGUCUGAGAAAGAGCAGGAGAAAGUCAUCUUGCUCCUCAAGAUGAUCAUUAGUGAAGCAUGGCUGCAUUUUAUUUUCUAUUUUCAAAUUAAGGAUAACUCAAACUUUAGAAUGUAAUGACAUUCAUACACUGAUCACUUCUGCAGAAAUGGCUGGAAUUCCAGCCACACAGGUAGAUAAAAUGGAGAUGCGGGCUUUUGAACCAAUGUCAAAAGAAGCAGCUUUGUGUACCUCAUUGAAAGAGCCAUUCAUUAGAAAUUGAUCUUUUCCCUUUUAGCUUAAGGACGGCUCUUAGUAGGAAAGUUUACAAAAUGUGUCCAUUCUUAAAAUAGGCACUUGUUCCCUCUUUUGCCAGUGUUCAAAAAUUCCUCUAAAACAGAUGGCAAAGGCAUGGGGGAAUACCCAAUCCUUACCAAAUUCUAGAAAAGAAAACAAAUUCUCAGACAAAAGAAAAAGGUUAUUUGUGUUCUUCAAUAUUUAUUAAACAGAGGAACUCACUGACAAAAGGCAAUUCAAUCCAGUGUUCAUGAAGUAACCCUUGGUUACCUGCUGGGUUUGGUUCUCCUAUAUAUUACAUACACAUAACGAAAUGCAAACCAUAUGUUCUCAUUGUUAAACUAUCACCUUACAUUCAUGUAAUAAAAUGGUAGAAAUGAGUGAAAAUUAGCUUUUAACUUAGUAAUUAUAACAUGUUUUUUAAAAUAUGGUCAUUACAGCAGGAUUCUAAAUAUUGCCUUGUGAAAAGCCAGAAGUACCAUUACUAUUACAAGUGUUGGCAGUAACUGACUCCAACAGCAUUUUGAGUACUUGGAUCCCACGUUUAUCUUAUAAACACAAGCAAUAAACAAUUUUCCAAUUCACUUUAAUUUUUCCUUUCUCUUGUGUCAUAAGAAAAGAAUUUCCAUCCAUGUCUUGGUAGAUAUUUUUGAAGGUUCUUAUUUUAUGAUUCAAAAGGUCUAUACAAAGUGAAUUGGUGUAUUUUAUAUACUAUGAUGCCAUUGUUUGGGAAAUACUUUAAAUUCUGUUUCGAUUUUACUUCUUCAAGGUUGGAACAUAAAAAUAGCUUCUGUUACUAUUCUCUGCCAGUAGAAAAAAAAUGAUAAAACAGUAGAUCAACAAAGGAGUAUAAAUCUAGGCUGUAGCUCGGGGCUCAGGGGUAGAACACUUGCCUGACAGGACAAGGUCCUGGGUUUGAUCUUCAGCACUGGAGGGAUACAGGGAAGACAGAGGAACAGGGAGACAGAGAAAGAAAGACAAAGGAAAAAGAGAAGGGGUGAGGAGGAGAAGGGUAGGAAGGAACAGGGAAAGAGACAGAGAGGAAGAGGCGGGAAUAGAGGAAGGGAGACAGGAAGAGAGCAAAGGGCAGGAAUAAGAGAAGAGAAACGAAGAGAAGGAAGUGGUCACAAUUAGCAAUGUUGUUUGCGUGUUUAUGGAUGGAAGUAAGUAGAAUUGGUUUCCUGUUUUCUUUAGGAUGUUUAGGGUGUAAGUCAACCUACCAAAUGCUUAAAAUGUAAAGUAUUUUAAUAAGUGUUAUUAAUUAAAAUUUUUGACAUUAAGCACUCUGGUCAUAUUAGUAAGUGUUGUCUUUGUCAGAGAGUUGGCUAGGGAAUAAGAUACCUACGUAUACUCAACUGGCCUUGGGAAACAUGACACAGAUAAAAUAUCCUACCCUAUGAUGUUUUCCGACUUCCUUUGAGUGGGGACUGGGGUCCAUUUCUCAGGAGAAUGGAUAAGGAAAUAGGUUGUCUUUGGCAUUUCAUCUUGCAUUCUUGGUCCUCUUUAGCUUGGUACUUACAUGCUGAGCCAUCCUUAAGUGUCUUCCUGUGAGAUUUGACUCCCUGCCCCCUCAGAGCCUUUCUCCACAGGUAAUGGGAGGGUUGGGACAAAGUGACUUAUUUGCUAGCACUUUUUUUUUUUUUUUUUUUUUUUGGCCAUAGUAACCCAAGAACUAACUUAAAUGGACUCAUCAGUCACAAUGACACAAUGAGUUGCCUCCUCUCUGUAGCCAUGCCUACAGGAAAUCACUUUGUUAUGAUGAAGCAGUCAUUCUUUUCACACUGCCCCGUGUCUUCUUAAAAAAAAAAAAAAAAACACGGUUCAUGAAGUCAGCUGAAGUCCUGACAAACACCAUGAUGUCAAAAUCAUUCUUGCGGGAUAGAUAUGUAAAUUAAAAACGUUGUGAAUAGCCAGACCUGCGAGAUCACGCCCUUAGGCUGAGCACACUUAGAUGCUGGUGAUGAGGUCAGAAAAUAAGUCAGUACAACUGGAAAUUAUAGUAGCUACAGUUGCCUGGGGUUCGGGACUACUUUAAGCUUGCUGACUGACAACGUCUGCACAGUUUAACUCUGUUGUAUUUAUUUGGGAAUGCAUUCAUCUUACUUCGCAAAGCCUGGAGAGAGUUCCUGUGUGAAUCCUUAGAGCGAUGUAUAUGCGGCUAAUUUAGGUUCCCCCCCCCCUUUUUAAGUAGAUUUGCUGCCAUAAAUAGGAGGGGAGGGAGAAUCCUUUUUACAUAAAUGCCUUUCUUCAUCCCCCCACCAUCCCUCACUAAAACAUAAAUUAAUUAGUUACAUUUUAAAAGCAUCUCUCAGAUCCUUGUCCAGUGUGGGCUGCCCAGACCAAUGGCUGCUGACAGUCAUGGCUGGGCCUGGAAUGGAGGACGUCAUAUCAAGCAGAGCACACAUGUCUGGAGGUCAGUGGCACAGGCUUGCUAGGUGGCUGCUCCACUGGAGGAGUCGCAUGAUGCUGGCUCAGUCCAGAGCCAGCAGUGGCUGGGUGUUCUCGUUUUCCCCCUUCUCUUCAUGUUUCAAGGUCCCAGCUUCUACCACGGACUGAGAUCUAAUGAGAGAGAGAGAGAGAGAGAGAAAGAGAGAGAGAGGAGACGCACACAGUCACAGACAGUCCAUGUUGUGAUUCCCCUGGAAAAUCCAAGCAUGUAAGAUAGCUACUUAGUACUUCCUGUUUGGUACCUGUUUUCCACACACCACUUUAUUUAUUUCUUUCCUUUAUCUUUCGGAAGAUUGAACCUGGUCAUUCUGAGACUCUUUCCUUCUCUUGAAUUUGAUCCAUACCUUUUUGCUGUAAUAAACCACAGCUGUGAGUGUAACAUUUUGUCAAUGUUUCCAUCUAUCGAAUAAAAAUAAAAGCAUUCCCAUAAAUGCAAAAACAAAAACAAAA